AUGUUUCCCGUAUACAAGGAGUUGAUGAAGUUUCUUCAGAAUAAACCCUGCUCGUUUGCGACCUGUCUCUUUUAUAUGAGCCGGUACCUCACUAUCCUGGUCACUCUGUGUGGGGUUGUCGUCUCCUUGUCGCAUCCCAUGCCUGAUUCAGCGUUUGUCUCGAUGUCCAACCCUCCGUAUUCAUACUCGACUGACGCGAAUAUAACGCGAUUCCCUGUAGAUGUGAGCAAUGGCGGGUCGUCCUCUUCGCCGAAUAACCGUCUUAGUUUGAUUCCCCGACCAGGCUUUGCGUGGUUCCUCAUAGAAGGUUUCCUUGGGAUGACGUGCUGCUGGUCUGUUCAGAUAAUUCUGCAGCUCCGGUUGUUUGCGCUGUACGAGCGCAGCCUUCAUAUCAAGAUCAUUCUAAUCCUUUCCUUCUGCAUCCAACUCGGAGCAAUUAUCGCUAUCUUUAUCAAUGGUGCCAGGUCAGGGCAAGUUAAAUGGACCGCUGUUGGACCUCUUUCAAAGUGUCAAGUACUGAACGUGGCGUCGAAUUUUUGGGCUUUCUGGGUGACGUUGUUGGCCUACGAAUGUUUAUUAUGUUGUCUGGCUCUCAACAAGGGAUACGAACGCCUAAGAGCAUCAAAUCAGCAGUUUGUGACUUGGGCAGGCUUUCAAGUCGGACUACAAGAUGUACUCAUACGAGAUUCGGUUGGCUAUUACAUGGGGUGUUGCGUAAUAUACGCUAUCAAUCUUUCCCUAUGGGUUGACUCACUCCCCAAUACUUUUGAUUUAGCAACUGGUCUGGGUGUGGCCUAUCCUUCGCUCAUCGGGAAUCGUUUGAUGAUCAACCUCCGGCGCGUCUUUUACGACUCGCAGGUAACCAACACGACAUCACCUUCCGAAAUAUCCCUCCCAUCCCUCGAUCAGGUCCUUGGGUCAGAUAUAAAGGGUCCCGACAAACAGUUUCCGUAUUUCGACCCCCCCUCAUGUCUUUACGCUUCUACCAAGCCGCCAAUACAACCACAUUGUUGAUACGUGUUAA